AAGAAGCAUGAUCAAAAAGAUUCAAGCACACCACCCUCAAACAUUGGAACUAACUAAAAUUAGUGAACACAACAAGGAUGGCAAAAGUGUUGACACUUCUUGUUCUUCGAAUACUCAUGAAUCUCUUACUUAUCGGUUGGAUUUUUCUCUGGAUCAUAAAACCCACCACUCUAUGGAUACAAUCUUGGCAUCAAGCUGAAGAUACCAUCAAACAUACUUUCUUUGGCUAUUACGGUCUCAACUUUGCCGUAUUCUCAUUCCCUCCUAUUGCUCUCUCCAUUAUUGGACUCAUUUAUUUGAGUUUACUGCCACAACAUCAUCGUCCAACUAGAGGAGGGAGGAGUGCAUCUAUUACUAUCUCAAGACCAGCCAUUAUCAAUAGUUUCAUUGGGAUCGUGUCUUGUUUCGAGAUCAUUGCUCUUCUUUUAUUCCUUCUCUUUUUAGCUUGGACCUUCUAUGUCCGUGUCACUAGCGACUUCAAGAAGCUGACGCCUGUCAAAACCAUGGAUUUUAACUUAUGGCAACUUAAGUACUUUAGAGUUGCUACAAGGUUCGGUCUAUUAGCCGAAGCAUGUCUCUCUCUACUUCUUUUCCCUGUCUCGAGGGGACUUUCGAUGUUCCGUUUACUCAACAUUCAGUUUGCAGCUUCUGUAAAAUAUCAUGUGUGGCUUGGGACCGGUUUGAUCUUCUUUUCUUUGGUCCAUGGUGGAAGCACUCUGUUCAUUUGGACUAUUACUCAUCACAUUGAAGAAGAGAUUUGGAAAUGGCAGAGAACGGGUCGGGUAUAUGUAGCUGGACUCAUAAGCCUUGUAACAGGAUUACUAAUGGGGAUCACAUCACUUCCUCAAAUUCAAAGGAAAAAAUUUGAAGUUUUCUAUUACACACACCAUUUGUAUAUAGUAUUUCUUGUAGCUUUCUUGUUUCAUGCUGGUGAUCGUCACUUCUAUUGGGUACUACCUGGAAUAUUUCUCUUUGGACUCGACAAGAUACUUCGGAUUGUUCAAUCACGAUCCGAAAGCUGCGUUCUUUCGGCCCGUCUCUUCUCUUGUAAAGCCAUUGAGCUUGUCUUGCCGAAGGACACAAAGCUUAAUUAUGCUCCAUCGAGUUUUAUAUUUGUGAACAUCCCGGUGAUCUCGCAGUAUCAGUGGCAUCCCUUUAGUAUUACAUCGAGCUCGAGUGUAGACAAACACACAUUGUCUCUGAUGAUAAAAUGUGAGGGAAAAUGGACAAAUUCUGUUUAUAACAUUGUAGAAGAAGAUGCAAAUUCUGAAAAGAAGAUUAACAACAUAACUGUAAGAGUAGAAGGUCCUUAUGGACCUGCCUCAGUAGAUUUCCUCAGGUAUGAUAAUCUGUUUCUUGUGGCGGGAUGAAUCGGGAUCACGCCAUUUCUAAGCAUUUUGCAGGAACUCGCUUGCAAAAACCGACUCAAGUCUCCCAAGAGGGUGCAGCUUGUGUUUGCGGUUAGGACAUUCCAAGAACUUAACAUGUUGCUUCCAAUAUCCUCUAUACUCUUUAACCCAAUCAACAACUUAAGUCUCAAGUUAAAAGUUUAUGUCACCCAAGAAAAGAAGCAUGCUAAUGAGACAAGAACAUUGCAAGAGUUCUUGGCUCAGUCACAAGUUCAGACUAUACAACUCGGAACCGACGAGGACUAUUCAAGAUUCCCAAUUCGUGGGCCGGAAAGUUUCAUAUGGCUUGCCACAUUAGUCCUUAUAACCAUGCUUACGUUUCUCGGCUUCUUGAUAGGUUUAAGCCAUUUCUUUAUACCUUCUGAACACAAGAAUCAUUCACAAUCUAUGAAGUUAGCUACUUCAAGAGCUAUGAAGACAGAUAAAGAAAAGGUUCCUUCAUGGGUUCCAGAUUUNAACCAUAUCUUCGGCGAGCGGCUACCUCGGGCUUCGUGUCUGGGAGAAAAAAACUAG